GGGUAACUGGUGGACAUGAAAAUAUUAGACCAAUAUAGGAUAAGAGGUACAUCCACCUUUCCAACUGCGUUCAGAAAGGAUUCAACUCAUAUUCAUAAAACCAAAACAAAAAGUUAGACAAUACCAAAUGAAAACUGUUGAUACACCUCUUUUAAUUAAUGUCUCGCCAGCUCUUAUUAAGGCAAAGCGAGAUGUAGAAGAAGCUUUUCUCAAAAGAGAAAUUGAAAGGGACACAAGAAGUGAACAAAGGAGAGUGAGAGAGGAGAGUGAUGACACUGAGAAGUCAAAUCACUACCCCAAAGCCCAUCGAAUCUGCCAAAAGGUUAAAGACGUAAUGCCCUUGCUUCCCAUACGAUGAUACGAAUUACGGAGUACUUCAGACAUCAAUAAAUCAAUCGAAAAGAGAGAAAAGAAAAUGGAAGCUUAAAAUCGAGAAACCCCACAACUCAAUUCGUGAAGAAAAGUCUCUGCGAAUCUUAUUAGUCAUCCUCCUUUCUCGUUUCCUCUCCAUUCUGUCGUUUACAUUAGCUCACAGUUUCCCACCACCACCCCUUUUCUUCUUCUUCUUGCCGUUCCCCACCGUUUUUCUGAGGCAUUGUAUCGACUGUGCGUCUCCCAUGUUACCCGCCAGGUCAGUCUCUCUCUCUCUCUCUCUCUCUCUCUCUCCAUAUAUACGGAGUAUCUACCUAUCUACAUAUAUUUCUCUGUAUACUUCUUUCUGUAUAUGUUAGGAGUUAUGGGUAUCAAUACACACCGAACGUGUUGCCUACUUGUAGGCCAGACAGUUAAUUUUUUUUGGUUCUUCACUAAAAACUCACUGUCAAGAAAUUGCAAUAAAGCUGCCUCCUUUUCUCUCUUUUUGAUUUCAACCCUUUUGCGGAAAUCCUUUGUUUGUCGCUCCUAAUAUGAAAGUUGGCGUUUUUUUGCAGACCCAGAAGUGGAUUUCGCGGUUUUGUUUGAGUAUGUUCUAGAUCCACCGUACCUUUCGCAGCAAAUGAUUCGGAAUUUGUGUGAAUUGAGUGUUGAAGUGUUCUUCUGAGAAGAUCGGAGCGGAGGAGGGUUUGAUUUAGUGGUUCGUAGUUAGGGUUUGGGAUGGAAGGGAGGAUAAAAAAGUACAGGCCUUUGAGCCCGGAAAGGGCCAUAGUUUGGACUGAGAAAUCUCCGAAGUAUAGGCAGAAACAGCAGCCGCUGCCGCAGAGUGAACCACAAAGUGGUAAUAGUAAGGAUGCAAGAGUUGCGGUUGUGUAUUAUCUGUGUAGAAAUAGACAGCUCGAGCAUCCUCAUUUCAUUGAAGUCUCACCAUCUUCCCCUGAUGGCCAACUCUAUUUGAGAGAUGUAAUUGACCGGCUUAAUGUUUUGAGAGGCAGAGGCAUGGCUUCAUUGUACUCUUGGUCUUGCAAGAGGAGCUAUAAGAAUGGUUUUGUUUGGCAUGAUCUUUCUGAAGACGACCUCAUACUUCCUGCUCAUGGCAAUGAAUAUGUUCUCAAGGGUUCAGAACUCAUGGAAGAUUCAACUUUAGGGAAUUUCAGCCCGUCUAGAAAUGUAAGAUUUCAAAACCCAAAACUCCUACCCGAACCUCCAUCUGCUAGAAGUCAUGAUGGUUCGUCAUCAUCUUCCAGCAUGAACGGAAGAGGAUCAAAACCUUUACAGGAAGAUGAACUUUCUCCCUCAGUUGAACAUCCCAAUUCAUCAGCAGUAUCACCUGUGUCUAAAAAUUCCUCUUCGAAUGGUUCCUUAAGUAUGACGGAGUACAAGAAUGACUCUGGCUUGGCUGAUGCUUCCACACAGACUGAAGGAAACCCAAGCAGAAACAAUAGCGUUCGGGAGACCUGUACUAGAGGCGUUUGUACAGAUGAGGGGUUUUCUGAGCCUGAAGGCAUUUUUCGAGUUCGAAAUGGUCCCAAAAAGAAUGGGAGCAAUGGCAUAAAAGAAUCAUCUGAGAUUUGCAAAGAAUCCAUCUCCCCACCUCCUUCGUCCAGUGUAUCUUCAGGUGGUCGAACUGAUACCUUAGAAUCUCUCCUUAGAUCUGAUGUAGGUAAGCUCAACAGCUUUAGAGUUCUUGAAGAUGAAGAAUUUCGGGUUCCCACAACAAAAAUUAAGCCUUCAAAUAUGUUGAUGCAAUUAAUCUCAUGCGGGUCCAUUGCGGUGAAGGAUCACACUUUUGGCAUUAGCCCUGUGUACAAGCCAAGAUUUUCACAUUCAAAGUUUCCAUCCCCACUAUAUUCAACAACCUCAUUAACCCUGGGAGAACUUGAUUGUCUUGCUGAUAAUCCUAGAUUUAUGGGAGUGAGAUUGGAAGAUAAGGAAUAUUUCAGCGGGAGUUUGAUUGAGACAACUGUGCCCAAAGGAGUAGCUGUUCUUAGAAGGUCAUCAUCAUUUAACGCUGACAGGACAAAUAGUCAGGUUGAUUUAGUUGAAGACAAAGAGGAUGCAUGCUCAACAGGAUUAAAGUGCAUCCCACUAUCAAUCAUGGCUUCGAUUAGUAAACAUCCGAGAAGUGAAUCAAUGAGGUCUCCACUUUCGGAGGGUCCAAGAAUGUCAUCUGGUGGUGCAAUUACACCUACUGAUAGCAGAUCAAGAGGUGCAAGUAAGAGAAUCACAGAGCCUUUAAGAGAGGCAGAUAAUGCGAUCAAAAUCGAAGAAAGCUUGCUUCAGGAGCUCGGAUUAUAAUACAGUCAAACCCUGUCUCGAACGUCUAACAAAUUUUGAAGGGUCAAGCAUUUUGGCAUGGCCACAGCAGAUCUUUUUUAUUUUAUAACUUGAAUCACCAUUUCUUUAUUGUAAAUCUGAUCUAUAUAUAAAUAGAUAAAAACUUGAAGCCAUUUGAGUAGAUGUUGUAGAACAAUGAAUGGCAAUUGCCCCACUGCCCCAGGCUUAGGCCGCUUUGUAUUAGAGGUAGCAAAAAGGCUUCUCUUAUGCUGCAUUGAUGCUUAUUCUGCUU